AUGGAAAUUGUGGAGUCUGAUGUUGAAUUGGAUGAUUCGGAUGUUGUGCAGCCGGACUAUGAUGAGUUAUUUAAAGGAUAUAAAGCUCGAGGUAUGGCGAAAGGGAUGUUGGGGUUGUGGGAAGAUGCUGCAAGAGAUUUGCAUAUGGCAUCAAAGUUCGAUUUCGAUGGAGAGGCUACUGUGGAAUCGCAGAGAAAGACUGAGAUCGAAAGGCUGAGAAAGAUGAAGGAUCUGAAGAUCAGGCUGAAUGCUGCUGCAAUAGUCUACUUCACUGCAACAUGGUGCGUCCACAUUGGUCCGUUAUACACAAAACUAGCUUCAAAAUACCCCAAGACCGUGUUCCUGAAAGUCGACAUUGAUGAGGCGCACGAGGCAGCAGCAGAGUGGCAGAUCACAAGCAUCCCGAUUUUCUACUUGUGUGUGAAGAGCUCCAGAUGA